UGGCAUUUCUCUCCCAGGCCAGGUGGGGGAGGGGGGCCUGCUCUUGUAGAGCACGCGGGACUGGAGAAGGAUCACGAGCCACCUCCCCGAGGAGCCCCCCCAGUGGUGGCGGAAGGAAAGAGUAGGCAGUGACCCCUGGACUUGCUACAGGCUGUUGUAAGGCUGAGGAGAGGCCCGAGAGGCUGCCUCCUCUUACCUCGGAGUCAGGUGGGGCCCGUGGAGAUGGGGAUGGUGGUCCCACAGUUGUUCCUGGGGGGGGGGGGGAUGAACCCUCUGCCCAGCGGCCUAGCAUCGGUCGCUGUGGAAAUUCCUCGCAGCAGAGGCGGGGCCGUGGCUGGUGGGGUUCUGAUAUCCUUUCUGGAAAGGAAUCCUCCCUACACCAAGCCCGGAGGACUGGACCCCCAGUCACACCGACUCAAAUUUCAGCCUCUAGAGAAAAUCGGGAGUUGGGUUUGAUGGCAAAUCAAGAAAUGCGAACCUCCCAGUAGAGAGCAGUUUGGGAGAACAAGAGCGCGGGAAGACGGGCCUCGCAUGGGCCUGCUCAGUGUCACUCCCUGAGAACCCCUGGGGAAUCCACCCAUCAAAGACGCACUUGCAGCUGGCUCAUCACAGGCCAGUGUUUUUCCACAUUUAAAAAUUCAUGACCCACUGAAAACAAUAAAAACCCCGUGCCCUUUUUGUACUUGAUGACGCAAAGAUCAUAGGCUCCUUUCACUUCCAAAUAUAAAAUCAGGGUACCAACCAUGCCUUGCCCUAGCACAAAGCCAUCUGUCCCCUAGUUGAGAAUUGCCGUCCACGACCCUGAAAACCUAAAGCCGUGGUGUUAGGUGAUAGAAACUGCCGCUAACACCAGGUCAGUAUCUGAGCCUGUAGGACCUCAGAGCCUGCCCCCUCCUGUCCUUCAGACUCUGCUCACCUGACUGUGGAAGAGAGGUGGGCCGCACACCCAGGUGUCGCUCCAGAGGACAGAACCAGGAGGGGCUUCUUUGGCACAUAAUUAGUUCCUAGCCUCCUAGGGUCCUGUCUGCCAGAGGUGUGAACAGAAUGAGCAAUUAAUAAAACUCUGGCUCCAGGGAGCCAGGUUCUAGCUGGGGGAAAUAGAAACAGGUUGUUUAACCAACAACAGAAAGUCCUACUAUACACAUGCGUGCACACACCCACACAGUCAAACAGCCUGUCUUACCCUCUCCUCCAGACCUGUUCACAGACACAUCCACACUCCAGCUCGGAGCUCUGCCAGCCACAGGCAUUCCAUCAGCGCCCCAAGUGACUGACACACACGCACACACACACACACACACGCACACACCCCUCCAUAGCCCCAGCUCGCUGUGCCCAUCAGCCCCUCUCCUCCUUCCCUUUCCCCCGAGAAGCACACUGCCUCUUUAAAACCCAACUCUGAGGGCUGUGCUCAGUGGCCCACAAAGGGUUCCGAUUGUGGCUAUUGAGUGGCCCUUCCCCAGGGAAGGGAGGGGAAGGGAACGGAGACAGAUGGGAGGCUUGUCCUGUUACAGCCACCAAGUGAAACUCUUGGAUGGCUAAUAAUGAGCCGGGCACUGUUUCUGCCCAGCCUGCUGCUGAAUGCCUUAACCUCUUCCUAACCCAGCCCUGUGGGGGCUCAAAGAACUUCACCCCACUGGGGGACCUCCCUCAAUAUCAUGGCCCAGUUUCACAAUGCCAGGCUGGUGUCCCCCUCCGGCUCGCCAUCAACUGCCCUGUCUUCUCCCAGGAUCUGCCUUUUCCUGUUGCAAGCGGUUCCCGUGCCUUUGCUUUCUCCUUGUUUCCCUGUGGGCAUGUUUUGUCCUCUAGCCUGACCGUGAGCUCUUCAAGUGCAAAGAGCAGGUCUGUUUUCCUGUGACUGGUGCCGGAGCAGAGCUCUGCACACACGGGGCGCUCACGAGCAAAUUAAUUCACUUGCUGUCCGCUCCUACCAGCCCCAGGUCACACCCACAAGACCUGCCUGUGUCUCUCUCUCCUGUACAAUAACCCUGUGUCCUCCACUCCAGGAGGCCAGCCUGGGCCCCUGCUCUCCGUACCCUUGUGCAGUUUCAAGCCCAAGGUGCCUCCUUACAGUUUCACUGCCUAGAAACACGCCCCGCUGCCCACAAGCCAGCCCCCUGCUGGAGGGUGGGAACUGGCAGGAUCCAGAGGAAAGAGGCCCAUCUCUACUCCUCGAGAAGUAGGACAUGUCAUUGCGUGAUGACUCCCGUCAGAAGGGAAUCAUGUGCUGGGGAGGGGUGGCACAGCAGGGCGAAUGUCCAGCCAGGAAAGCAUGUGGGAGGUGUGGGUUUGACACAGUUUAACACAGCUGCUUCGGAGAGCCCUGGGGCUUGGUCAGGAGAGCCCUGUCUUCUCUCCUUCCAACCCCCAGAGACCCAUGAUUUCACACCCAUGGGGUCAGAGACCAAAGUGAGGUUCACAUCUGAGACUAGUAACCACCCGGAUUUCUCAUGUCGAGUGGGGUAAACCGGGCUACCUGCUUUUUCCGGGAGACUGAAAGUCUCACCAGGGAAGCAUGCUGAGGUUCCAGAAAGAAUUGGGCUCUGGAGCAUCUCUUCCUUGUGGCCUUGGAACCUGGAGUCUCACCAGGUAGAGCCCUCCCCAUUAAACAGGUGCAGCGCGUCAGGCCAGAACAAAAACCCAAGUUGUUUGCAGCUGCAGAGCCGGAGUCAGGGACAGCACCGACGCCCUGAAUCCUCCCCGCCAACAGCCCCGAUUGCCUUGGCGCAAGCUCUGCCCUCCCCGCUCUCGGCGGGCUGAACCGGGAAUCGCUGGGUGCUGUCGUCCCAGUGGUUGACAGCCAGUAGAAGGGGGGUAAACUGAAUAGCUCCCCACUUCCCUCUGCUCCUCAACCUUCCUGCCACAUCAUCUUCUGGCUCUCCCUCUGGUGUCUGGUUGACCUUUUCUCUGCUUCUCCUCCUUCUGACUGCGUGAGGACCCCUCCUCUGGACAGGAGCUCUCUUCUGGGUUCCCGCCUGCCGCACCUGCUCGCGGCCACCAACUAGGUGACCACGUGCUGGGUGGAUGAGGCCGGGGCCAGUUCCACGCACUGCCUCUCCCCACAGGCUGAGCACGCUGGGGUCCGCACCUACUUCUUCAGUGCCGAGAGCCCCGAGGAACAGGAGGCCUGGAUCCAGGCCAUGGGGGAGGCUGCCCGAGUACAGAUCCCCCCAGCCCAGAAGUCGGUGCCCCAAGCUGUGCGUCACAGUCUACCACCCCCUGCCCAGCUCGCUGCUGGGCUGGAGUCACUUACAACAUCUCCCUUGGCAUCCUGCAGCCAUGAGAAGCCAGACUCAGAGAACAUCCCUCCUAGCAAACAGCACCACCAGCCGUCCCACAACAGCCUCCCCAAGCCCGAGCCAGAGGCCAAGACUCGAGGGGAGGGUGACGGCCGGGGCUGCGAGAAGGCAGAGCGGAAGCCCGAGAGGCCUGAAGUCAAGAGCGAGCCUCUGGUGAAAGCCAAUGGCAUCCAAGCCGGACCGGAACCAUCCUCAGAGCCGGGCAGCCCUUACCCCGAGGGCCCAAGGGUCCCAGGGGGAGGAGACCGGCCCGCCCAGCCCAAUGGCUGGCAGUAUAGCUCCCCGAGCCGGCCGGGCAGCACAGCUUUCCCGCCUCCGGACUCAGAGAGUGGGGGGCACCAGCGGAACUUCCCCCCACGUGCCAACCCCGACAAGAUUGCCCAGCGCAAGAGCUCCAUGAACCAGCUGCAGCAGUGGGUGAACCUGCGCCGGGGGGUGGCGCCCCCUGAAGAUCUCCGGAGUCCCUCUAGGUUCUACCCCGUGUCCCGCAGGGUCCCUGAGUAUUAUGGCCCCUACUCCUCCCAGUACCCUGAUGAUUACCAGUACUACCCACCAGGGGUGCGGCCCGACAGCAUCUGCUCAAUGCCAGCCUAUGAUCGGAUCAGCCCACCCUGGGCCUUGGAGGACAAGCGUCACUCCUUCCGCAAUGGAGGCGGCCCUGCCUUCCAGCUUCGGGAGUGGAAGGAGCCUCCGGGCUACGGGCGGCAGGAUGGCACCAUCUGGCUCCCCGGCCCCUCCCCCUCCCGGCAGCCAGUCUAUUAUGAUGAGCUGGAUGCCACAUCCGGCUCCCUGCGCCGCCUGUCCCUGCAGCCCCGCUCCCACUCCGUGCCCCGCUCGCCCAGCCAGGGCUCCUACAGCCGCGCCCGCAUUUACUCCCCCGUCCGCUCACCCAGUGCCCGUUUUGAGCGCCUGCCACCUCGCAGCGAGGACAUCUAUGCUGACCCCGCUGCCUAUGUGAUGAGGCGAUCCGUCAGCUCCCCCAAGUAUGAUUACCUGGGAGACAGGCGGCCAGUCCCUGCAGGACUGUUCCCCUACAACUACCCACCAUCCCCCACGGCCCACGAUAAGAUGGAUGAACUUUUAGACCUUCAGUUGCAAAGAAACCUAGAGUAUUUGGAUCAGCAGAUGAGUGAGAGCGAGACUCUCAUCAGUAUGGUGAACCGCAUGGUGGAAAACUCCUCCCCCAGGGCCCAACUCUUCAUGCAAGUCCCUCCGUACCCAGAAGUGUUCCGGGACGGCCUCCACACCGACAAGCUAAACGAGCAGGAUACAGAUAAGCUGCUGGGCAAACUGUGUGAACAGAACAAGGUGGUGAGGGAGCAGGACCGGCUAGUGCAGCAGCUCCGAGCUGAGAAGGAGAGCCUGGAAAGUGCCUUGAUGGGGACCCACCAGGAACUGGAGAUGUUUGGAAACCAGCCCGCCUACCCGGAGAAACUGCUGCGCAAAAAAGAGUCCCUGCAGAACCAGCUCAUCAACAUUCGGGUGGAGCUGUCACAGGCGACCACGGCCCUGACGAACAGCACCAUGGAGUAUGAGAACCUUGAAUCCGAGGUCUCUGCCCUGCACGACGACCUCUGGGAGCAGCUCAAUUUGGACGUCCAGAAUGAGGUACUCAACCGGCAAAUCCAGAAGGAAAUCUGGAGGAUCCAGGAUGUAAUGGAGGGGCUGAGGAAAAAUAACCCGUCCCGGGGCACGGACACGGCCAAGCACAGAGGAGGCCUUGGCCCCACGGCCACCUACAGCUCCAACAGCCCCGCCAGCCCUCUCAGCUCGGCCAGUCUCACCAGCCCCCUGAGCCCCUUUUCACUGGUGUCCGGUUCACAGGGGUCCCCCACCAAGCCCGGAUCCAGUGAGGAGCCCGGCCCGCCGCGGCCCCCCCUUCCCAAAGCCUACGUCCCCCUGGAGUCUCCUCCAAACGUGCCUCCACUCCCUAGCGAGAGCCGCUUCUGGCCGUACCCCAGCUCCCCUUCCUGGCACCGCCGUGGCGAGCCAGCCAGGGGUCAGCCCAAGGCAAGCUAUGAGCAAAGCAAGAAAGACCCCCACCAGACGUCACCCCUGGACACCGCCAGAGACAUCAACCUGGUGCCCACCAGGCAAGAGGCGGAGGCAGAGAAGCAGACAGCUCUCAACAAAGUUGGCAUUGUGCCCCCUCGGACGAAGUCGCCCACCGAUGAAGAGGUAACCCCGUCAAGGGUGGUGAGGAGGAGUGCCGAUGGGCUCACCAACGGACUCUCCUCCCGGCAGGAGCGCCCCAAGAGUGCCGUGUUCCCUGGCGAGGGCAAGGUCAAGAUGAGUGUGGAGGAGCAGAUCGACCGCAUGCGGAGGCACCAGAGCGGCUCUAUGAAGGAGAAGCGAAGAAGCCUGCAGCUCCCGGCCAGUCCGGCCCCCGACCCUGCUACGCGGCCCGCCUACAAAGUGGUGCGCCGUCACCGCAGCAUCCACGAGGUGGACAUCUCCAACCUGGAGGCGGCCCUGCGGGCAGAGGAGCCUGGUGGGCAGGCCUACGAGACGCCGAGGGAGGAGAUCGCCCGGCUCCGCAAAAUGGAGCUGGAGCCCCAGCAUUAUGACGUGGACAUCAACAAGGAGCUGUCCACGCCGGACAAAGUCCUCAUCCCUGAACGGUACAUUGACCUGGAGCCCGAUACGCCCCUGAGCCCCGAGGAGUUGAAGGAGAAGCAGAAGAAGGUGGAGAGGAUCAAGACGCUCAUUGCCAAGUCCAGUAUGCAGAACGUGGUGCCUGUCGGCGAGGGGGACCUUGUGGACGUGCCCCAGGACUCAGAGAGCCAGCUGCAGGAGCAGGAGAAGCGGAUUGAAAUCUCCUGUGCCCUGGCGACCGAGGCCUCCCGCAGGGGCCGCAUGCUGUCUGUGCAAUGUGCCACCCCAAGCCCUCCCACCUCCCCUGCUUCCCCGACUCCACCAGCCAACCCCCUAUCGUCUGAAUCCCCACGGGGCACCGACAGCAGCCAUACCAUGCGGGUCUGAGCUCUGACUGCAAGCCCUGGCCGAGGCCAACGCCGUGAAGCUGCACAGAGCCACGUUCUGAAGGCCGCCUCUGCCCCCCGAGGUCCUGGUCCCCCACCCCGGCCCCCCGCGCCUGUGCUCCCGUGGGAAUGCUGCAGGGAGCCAGGCUGGGGGCCGGGGUUGCCGCCGAGAGGAUGCCUCAGUGUCCACACGCCCGCCACGCCCGGCCCCGAAGCCCCUCGCUACUCAGAUGGUGGUCCUCGGCCAGGGCCCGAGAGGGCGGGCAGGGAGCACCCUCCUGUCUGGUGCCCAAGUCACAGGGAGCUAGGCCUGGCCCUGCCCGGGCUGGUGAUGGCCUUACUGGAACAUUUCCUGAUGAAGAGGAUGCCCUGGUGGGAGAGACGCCCUGAGCCUCUUAGGUUAGGACUAGGGGAAGAUGGACACGCUGCCUCUUCUGGGCCCUCUUGACACCGAGGACGGCACCUGCCAUCAUGUCCUUCCCCCAUCAGCCCCACCCUACUGCCCCGGCUGUACCCAGGGCUUUGACACAUCUCUGCUUAUGGGUGCUCCUUGGGGGUCCAGUGGAGACUGACCACCCUGCUUGAGCCAAAGACAAGAUGACAAGACGUGGGGAGAGGCUCCUCGGCUCCCGGAGGGGACAGUGCUGGCUGUGGGUAGAGAGCAGCACGCAGGUCUGUGCAGCGUCUGAGGGCAGGUUGAGAAGGGGUAGAAGAGAGAAAGGGAGAGUUGGAGGCGAGUGGGAGGGAGGACAAGGAAGCAGCAGGAAUCGUUUGCAAGAAAAAGGACAAGGCAGAGAUGCAAAGAGGGGGUACGGGAUUGGUUUCCCCAGGAUGGAGCCUUAGCUUCGUGCCAAGUACAGUGCCAGACUGUCAGCUCCGCUCCUCCACCGGGUCCCCCAGAUCCGCGGGCUGCCCGCACACUGGCUCCCAGAGGACCCACCAGCAAGCACGUGGGGGCCUGAGGCCGUGGGGACGAAGGUGUGGGGAUGCUGGUGUGGGUGAGCAGGUUGGAAGAUGGCUCUUUCUUAGGUCUGGGCCUAGCGUCUGCCUCCCCCUACUAGGCUCAGGGGCCGAGAGAAGGACCUGUCUUCUGUAGGGUGUAGUCAGCCUUGGGGCCUUUCCUAACCUUGUUCGGGACAUUUCCUUGUCCCCCUUCCCCUUGGAAUGGGCUGUGGGCCAGCUGAGCGAGUGCCCUGGAGAGGUAGCACAGCCUUAAUCUGGGAGGCCAGAUUCUAGGACCCCACCCCGCAUUCCAGGCGUCCGGAUGAGGCUGUAUGGAAGGACUCCCUUCCGGCCUGGCUGUCUCACAGUCCACCUACCCAGGGAGGCCGGUGGAGGAGACACAGAAGCAAAGCUCAUUCUUCCUCCUCUGUGGCUCGUCUUCGAGGACUGUAGCCAGAGAGGAGGGAGGGGAGAGAGUGAAGCUGGAAAAACCUCGGCCCCUGGGCCUUCUCUCUGCCAGAGCUGAUGCCCGGAGACUUCCCAAGAACGACUACUUUAUCUGCCGCCAAGUCUUCUCCAGCCCUUCACGGCUGGGACAGUUACUGGUUCAUAUGCAAGUAAAGAUGGCAGUUGAUUCAACAAAUAUUUAUCAAGCACCUUUUAUGUACCAGGCACUGUUCUAGGUGCUUAGGAUAUUCUCGUGCUUCUGCGGGAUUGCAGGCUGGGGAAUUUCACUUCACUUUUAGCAGAGGUGUUGACCGUGACCUUUGGCUCCAUUUCCCAUCUUUAGCACAGCUCGAGCACCCCAAACCUGUUUUUUUUUUUUCCCUCCCCUACACACUGGCGGGCGGGAUUGGCCCUCUCCCUCAUUCCGGCACCUUUCUCCACCCACAAGAAACGGCUCUUCGGGGGCCUUCCAUGCCUCCUCCUUUCUUUGUCCAUCUCUCCUUUUUUAAAGUGGUAUUUUUAGAACUACAUGUAAAAUACCAAGGAUUAACGCCUGCCACCUCGCUCUCACCUCCUGUUUCAUAAAGCUGGCUCUUUAUGUUGCUUUACAUGCCUUAAUAUAUGUUUUAUGAAGAUUAUACAUAUUAUAGAUAUAUACAUAAUAUA